UUGGCGCUUAAAACAAAAGGGGGAGGGCAAAGGGUUUGGAGAUUUGCGUGGUAGCGGGACGGGAGCUGGACGUUUAUCACAAAAUGGCUGCAUCAGGUCUGGCAGUAAGAGUGGAAACCUGGCUUUCAUCUACAUGGCAUGUGAAGGUUCCAGCACCAUGGCUAGAUGCUUGUAUUGACUGGAUUCAACAAGAAAAUUGCAGUGGCCAUUUGGCUCAGGCUUCUAUUAACAAGCAAGUUUUUGAGCAAUGGCUUCUUACAGAUCUCAGAGAUCUUGAAUACUCUGUUCUGCCUGACUGCAUUUCAAAUGAUCCAAAGGGAGAAUUGAAUGGCUUUUAUUCCAUACAGAUUGAUUCCCUUGUUGAUGUGAGUCAGCCUGCCUAUUCCCAGCUGCAAAAGUUAAGAAAGAAAAAUACUGUAAAUGAGGAAAUAACUGCUAAUACGCAGGGAGCUUUGAGAUCCUGGGAGGCAAAGCCUACUCGAAUGCUGAUGCUGCAACUGACUGAUGGCAUACAUCACAUUCAAGGCAUGGAAUACCACUCUGUUCCUAUUCUCCAUAGCAGUCUCCCUCCAGGAACAAAGGUUAUGAUUCAGGGGAAAGUUGCAUAUCGGUUAGGGGUUCUUUUGCUUAAACCAGAAAAUGUGAGAUUGUUGGGAGGUGAAGUGGAUAGCCUUGUAGAGGAAUACACCGAGGAAAGAGUUCUUGCUAGGUUAAUUGGAGAAGAAGAAGACAACAAUCCUAAUGCUGUCAGAUCAAAUACUGGAGAAUGUGAGAUUUCAAGACCUGUUGAUGAAGUGGGCCAAGUCCUAGGCCCUUCUGAUGAAGAGCUUCUGGCAAGUCUUAGGGAAAAUGAUGAAUUAAUGAUAAAUGAGGCAUCUCUUGAAAGUGGAUAUUGUAGCAGAAGUACCAGCUUAAAUUCUAACACAUAUUCUCUUCCCGCCACUGAAAGCUGCUUGCGGCAAGGCCCUGCAACAUUCAUGGCAGGAAAUGAAGAACAAAAUGUUCCAGUUGUGGAAAACAUAGGAAAUUUUGACGAAUUUCCAUUCGAUGAUGAUUUACUUUUGGAAGAAAAUAUCCAGCAAGAACAGAUACAGAUUCUGAACAGAAGUACAAGCAUAAAUAAGCAGCUUAUGAGAGAAGAGAAAUCUGAUGAAAAAGAGAUAUAUGAUACAUCUAAAGAAAGCAUAGGAGAUUUUUUUAUGAAACCUACUGUGCAAAGGACACAGAACUUGGAUGACUGUAUGGAAAAUAAGGUCAUACAAAAGAGAGAUAGUAAAAGCAAUGAAAAGUUCUCCAAUAUUUCUAACAAUAGACUAUCCAACAUUAAUGUAGAACUUGACCAGUGUCCUCAGCAUAUACAGACUUGUAGAAUACAGAAUAAGCGCCACAAAGCUGGUUUGGAUAUGCUUCCCUUUACAUAUUUAUCUGUUUUAUUAAAUAACAAGCCGAAGGAUAUUACCACUCUGAAAGUUAAAGCAUUUAUAGUAACCCUUACUGGAAAUCUCACAAACCGUGGUGGUUUCUGGAGUGUAUCAGCAAAAAUAUCCGAUGGCACAGCUUAUCUAGAAGUUGAUUUUGCUGAUGAGAUUCUAACAAGCUUGAUUGGGUUUUCAGUACCUGAAAUGAAACAACUAAGGAAAGAGCCUGCCCUAUACCCAAAACUUAAGGAGGGUUUACAGAACUGCCAACGAGAACUAAUAGACCUCUGUUGUUUGAUGUCUAUUGAAUUUAACCCCUCUCAGGCAAAGGCAACAAUAAUAGUUUUGCAAGACAUUAAUGCAGAUGAUUUUAAUCAUUUAAAUAGACGCCUAAAUAUAAUUACAUUUAAAUAAACAUUUGAUUGUUACUUGGCAACAGAUGUUUGUUUAUGUGGUCAGAUGCCGUUUGCUGCUGUUUAAAUUUAAAAAACAAUCAGUGGGAGAGUAUGGGGAAAUAUUUUAAUACUGUGACAUAUUUUAUUUAGUUUGUCUUUUCUAUACCCAAAAUACUUGUCUGUUCUAUCAAAGGUGUGUAUUCUGUUUUUUAAAAUACUUCCUCAAAAUAUCAGGAAAACUGGGUGUUGCUGCCAAUGGUAACAUGUAGAGAAGCCAUUUUCAGUGAUGCCCCCACAUUUAUCCUAAAUCUGCCCUGGAGGGAUCCCCCAACCUCUAGAAUGGAUUUGAAGAUGGGGGCUGCAAGGAGGGAGGGAAUAGCUGAAAAUUGCUUUUAUCCUUUUCUGCUGAUGGGAGCCUUACUAUCGUCGAAGCAACAGUGUUGUAUACAACCCAAGGUUUGGAAAUAAAUCCAAUACUAAUGGACCUCAUUUCUAAGACUGUAAACAAAGCAAUGCAUAAACAGUUGGAAUGAGCAAGUCAAAAUAUAUUUUUCUGUUAUGUUUAAGGUAUUUGUGUAUCAUGACAUUUUUAUCUUACCCAUUUUGAAAAAUCUAAAAUAAAACUGUUCAUAAACA